CUCGUAACUGGUCUCUUCAGUUCGAUCGAUAGCCCUAACUCAUCUCUUCGUUUCUCAUCUCGAAAUUGAUAGCUCUUUUUGAUCACGUUGUGUCGCUCCGUUAAUAACGCACGGUGUCGUUUCGUGGCGAAUGUUUUCCUGCCGGCGAACGUGCCGCACAUGAAUAAGCGCGCGUGACAGCUGCACGCAAUUUUCUACUCUAACGAGACAUUAUUUUCUGGAGUUGCUUAAUUUAAUAAUUGAGUAAAUGGUCCCAUUUUUUUCUCGCAGUGUCUUAGUUUAUCUUGCCUUAGUUUGCACCGGAUACAAAUUGUAUGUUCCGCAAGGAAGUUUCCUCGCUGCAAAUCGAUUCUCUUUCGAAUUUAGCAUCUUUGAAAAGUCAAGAGUCAAGGGUUUAAUCUAGCUACGAUCUAAUGUGAUCAAAUGGAAGUACAUUUUCCGUAGAUAAUUCUACAUUUGACAUUGAAAGAGUCGAUUGUUCGUGAAUUGAAGCGGGGUUAUUUUUCAUCAGCUCAUUAUUUCAGUCGUUGAAAUUGCACUUUCGCCGGUUUUCCUUCAGUCUUAAGGAACGCCGUUUGCCGAGUAAAAGUUUAUCAAGCAAGUUUGUGCCUUGUGCAACCUGCAUAUUUUAGUGGAUAUUACUUCAUUUCUAAAUAACGCUUUUGCCAGGUGAAAUUUUGCAACAUGUUCACCUGUUCGUCGUAACUCAUUUCAACAUCCUUUUUGCACUCUAGCGGAACCGCUGACGUUCUGAGAGACUAAUAGAGAUAUGGAAGUAUUUUUUAGAUUUUGGCAAACGAAACGCGAUUCCGCGAUCUGCGAUGGGGCUUGGUAAAUAAACAACAAUUAUUUUCGUGAGAUUUUGCGUUAGAUUUUCAUGCUGCAGAGGGAUUUCAAAGCCCAGAUGUUCGCUCUGCCAGAUGCUCUAUUUCUGCUUCUGGAGAUGUGCAUGUAGUAUUUGUUUUUAUACCCCUAAAAUUUUAGAAUCAACGUAAAAACGCUUAAAAAUUAUCCAAAUAUCUAAUUAUAGUGAAUAUAAAAAAGUUUAUUUUGUAAAAUUAUGCGAUUUUUUAGAUAAAAUAAUUCCAGGUAAAAAGAAAAGAGUUUACAUUCUCUUAUUGCUGAAACUUUGAAAUGCGUCGCGGUGCAUCGGUCGAUGACGCCAGGAUGCUGGAGAACGCGAGAGUGUUAUCGCGGAUGGGAGAAAGGGGGCACGAUUUUCGGGAAACAGUCGUCGCUAAAAAUAGACGCGCCUCGUGCGUGCGCGCUAUGCUUUUAAACAUAGUUUUGGCAGACAGAAACGUCAAACCGCCUCGGAGUGGCAAAGCGCGAGGAUCGUUUCGCGAAUUUCUCAAAGAGCGCUCGCCGAGAUCUCACUGUUGUCUGUCGCGUUGUUCUUUUCUGAAACGUCAUUGCCACCUCUUUAGUCAUCGUCUGUUAUUCUGGGAAGUCCUUACGAAUUUCAUUUUCUCGAUUUUUCUUAAUAAUCGCAACACCAAGGUUCGUUUUGACAGAAGUGGACAAAUGGAGGAAGAAAUAUGAAAGCAUUGGAAAAAAAGAAUCAACGUCCAAUGGCGGAGAUGCAACCGGUCGACGAAAACACGGCCGACGUCCAGCAGGAAGAUGUGAUGUCAGCGGGUAAUAAAAGCGCGGACGAGGCUGUGAGCGAUGCACUGUUGGAGAAGCUCCGAACUCACGCGGCUAAACCGCAAGAGGCGGGCGACGCCUUCAGGACGAUCGUGGCCAAGAUUCAUGCCCGCGUCACCUCGUCAGAUCGGCGGAUACGCGAGCGCACGUUGGAAAAGAUCUGGCGCAAGAAUUCCGGUGCGAUGGAAUCGUUCAUCAUGGCACUGGAGAUUUGCAAGGACAACGUUGCUAAUUGCAGCAUAGCCGGCAUACUGCACGAAUGCAUAUCGCCCCGAGUGACCAAAGGCAAGUCCAAGGAGAAGGGGAGCAAGAACAAAAGUGCAACAAGAACCAGUAGCCGAACGGCGGUCAUUCAACUCAUCAACUUGGGUAUCACGCAAGUCCUAGUUAAACUUUUAAUAAACCUGCAGCACGCAGACACCAUCACGGGCGAAGUACUCACUCAAGACAUUCUCUGGAUUUUGGGCCAGGUGGCUCAAAGGGACCAGAAGUUCGUGUUAAAAAUAAAAUUGCUCAACUCCAUAAAAGUGUUCCAUGCGCUGUUAAAACAGCAUUAUAACAAUAGCAAGACUUUAUUGCCGCUGCUGUUGAUCAUCAAGAUUCUGGCAAAAAAUUCGUUUACGUUGCAAACGUUGGUGAAAGACGGCAUCAGUAGCACCCUGGAAAAAACGUUUGUUAGUGUUGGUUACACACCGCACUUGAAACUGAGAACAUUGUUGGAGUGCUUCAAACAUUUUACAACCAGCAAACUAUGCUGUAACAAAUUCGUUAAAGUGGGAAUAGUGCACUUGCUGAUGCGAAUCUUUGAAAGAUGGGAGAGGUUCGACGGGCAGAUGCGACUGAAGAUUUGUAAUUACGCUCUUAACACGCUUCAGCAUUUCUGUGUUAUAAAGGCUGGAAGGAAGGCCAUCAAGUCGAACAAUGGUCUGCAGCUACUGUACCGGUUUUGUACGAAUUGCCCAGAGGACAAGGCUUACGAUUGCCUGCUGUCGCGUAUUUGCGGGAUAAUCAAUCAAUGCCUGGAGAAGAGGGAAUUACCGGUGCCCGAAAUGUCGCCUGCGAGAUUCGUUCUGCCCGAAGUGAAUGUCAGGGCGAACAGUGCUGAAAGCGGUAGCGACAUCGACAGCCAGGUGAACAGCGUGGCUUCAAACGGUAGACUGUAUAGUGAUCUUGAUUCCGGUGAUGAUGAAGAAAGCCACGACUCCAGAAACACGACGGAUAAUGCGAUUCACGUGGGCGACGAGGUGGACGAGGGCAAAUUCUUCGCCGGAGUUUUCACCUCGCAGAGAUUCGAGGAGGAUCUUAUUGGGUAUCACACAUUUUUCAAAGAACUGGGCAAUCUACGAUCACAAUUACAUAUUGCCGGAUCAUCGAACGUCAGGCACACUGAUUUAUGGUUGCUAGAAGACGAUCAGAUAAACUCGUCGCUCACGAAAGCCGACAAGACAAAGAUUCCGAUGAAGGAUUUUUCAAAAUCAAACGGUGCGUUGAAAAAUCAAUUAGCGAACGACAGGCACAAUUUAAAGAUCUUGCGAAACGUAUCGGAAAACAUCGCGGAUCGGCAUACGUAUUGCGCCGUGGCGAGCAAAGUGCGAAGCGUUAUCGGCUUUGUCAAGGUCGCCUAUCCGGACCUGAUCGGCGGCGACGGUUCGGGGCGCGCCGAGCCGCUCAACACCAAGGACAGAAAGAUCUGCCGCGCCAAAUUGCUGACCUGUGUGGAGCGCGGUCUCCACGCGGCUGCAACUAUCCAGGAAGUCGUUUACGAUCUCGACGCGCUCGCGAAUUCCGCCGCUUGCCGGGGAGCAACGUCGGCCGAUGAGCGACUGCUUGGUAACUGCGACGAGAAGAAGGCCGGGAAGCGUUGCCUGGACACGAAGCAGCUGCAGUUCGAGUCUAGAUUCGAAAGCGGAAAUCUGAGGAAAGCUAUUCAGAUAAACGCGCGAGAGUACGAUCUCAUUCUGACGCCGGACGUCAACAGCGGUUCCCGGCAUCAAUGGUUUUAUUUCGAGGUCUCCAACAUGGAAGCGAAUACGCCGUACACAUUCAACAUCAUCAACUGUGAGAAAGCGAACUCGCAAUUCAAUUUCGGCAUGAAGCCGAUAUUGUUCAGUGUCAUAGAAGCGCAGCACGGCAGACCGGGCUGGGUGAGGACCGGCGUUGACAUUUGUUAUUAUCGAAAUUGCUAUCAGCGACCUGCAAGAGGAAAGACGUACCUCACGACGUCUUUCACGGUCACGUUUCCGCAUGUCUACGACGUCUGCUAUCUGGCGUAUCAUUUUCCUUACACGUACAGCCAGCUGAUGACCAAUAUCUGGAAGUGGACGAGGAAGAUCUCCACGGCAAACGUAUACUUCCGCGCGGAGACACUUUGUGAGACCUUAAAUGGCAAUGAGAAUCCUGUGCUUACCAUCACAUCGCCAGAUUCCAAGGAUAAUCCUAUACAUGAUCGAAAGAUAAUCUUCUUAACGUCCAGAGUGCAUCCCGGUGAAAGCAAUGCCUCUUGGGUGAUGCAUGGAACCAUGGAAACCCUCCUAGGCGACAGCCAAUACGCCAGCAGUCUUCGCGACGAUUAUGUGUUCAAGAUAGUUCCUAUGCUAAAUAUCGAGGGAGUCGUGAACGGCUGCAAUCGAUACGGCCUGACGAAUGAGGAUCUGAAUCGACGCUGGAGCAAUCCCAAUCAGGUGUAUCAUCCGGUGAUCUAUCACACGAAAGGCCUGAUGGAGUAUUGCGCCCGGGUGCUGCUCAGGCCGCCCCAUGUUUUCGUCGAUUAUCACGGCCACUCGCGGAGGAAGAACGUGUUUCUGUUCGGCUGCUCAAGGUCGGGUUCCUGGAGCGCCGCGGACAGGGCGAAACCGGACCAGCCGGUGCAGUAUUUGAUGUUACCGCAUCUCAUGCAGAGGACCUCGCCGGCUUUCGCUUUGCCGCUCUGCUCCUUCAAGGUCGAGAGGAACAAGGAAUCCACCGCCAGGGUCGCUGUGUGGCGGCAGUUGGGUGUUUCGAGAAGUUACACAAUGGAAAGCAGCUUUUGUGGAUGUGAUCAAGGCGCACUAGCGGGAUUGCAUCUCGACACAGAGCACCUGAAAGCCAUUGGAACAGAUUUCUGCCAAGCUUUAUCCAUGAUGAAGGACGGCGGUGACGAUUGGGCUGUUGAAAAAAUUUCCAUAGAGGAGCAUGUUCCUGAAGAAUCAAGAUGCAUAGACGACGAAGUAUCUUCCAGUAGCGAAUCCAACGAAUCCGAUUUCGAGACUUAGGAAACUGCACUUUAGUCAAGUGUCGCAGAAUAUUUACUUCAACGACGAAAUUCGAUAUUUAAUUUUCAGCAUAGACUCGAAAGUUUAUACAAAUUUCCGUUCUGAAUAAUAAAAUAAUAGUGCGCUAACAAUAAGUGAUACAUCGCAAAGAAAAAUAUGUGCAACAACGUUUAUUUGAAACUGGUAACAAAUGUUCUGAGCUACUAUCUAUGUACAUCGCAAUUUGCAUAUAUCCAGAAAUCAAUACUUUGCAAAUUAAAUUUAACGAGAUUAUAGAUUUAAAGAGUGUGGGGGUACUAUAUUUUAAGUUAAUAUGACCGCGUGCGAUUAUUUAGCUUGAAAAUAAAAUUUGAGAGUUGAAUGCGUGAGAUCUAAACAUAGCAAUAAAAAAUGACAUUUAGAAAGUUUUACAUUUUGCGGAAAUUGGAAUCAUAAGUGCAGCAAAUUUUAAAUAAUACCAGAAAAGAGAAUUGUUUUACAUUUAUUCUCUCGUAUUGUUACCUCGCUCUAUACUUUGUACACAUACAAUGUGAUUAUAUAAAUAUAGAAAAUAAAUGUUACUGAGCUGUGAUUCUCUGUACAGAUUUUGUGAGACCUCUCAUCCUAAAAUUUCCCGGUGCGAACGGACUGAAGUGAAUCGAGACGCAUCGUGUUUUCCACAACGCCCAUAAGUAAAUUAGAAGAAAGGUCUUGUUGAAAUCAAGUAGCGAUUCACGCGAAAGGACGGCGUGCGAAGGGUGGGGUGCUGCAUUUGGAGUGGUCCGAGAUGCGUCAUUUUGUUGACAACGCCAAUAGAAGAAUAGAUGGGAGAAUGUGUUUUGUUUAGAUCAGCGACGAUUCGCACAAAGAAUGCUGCGUGAAAGGUGGGGGAUGCUGCAACUGGAAUGGUCCGAGGCGUGUCGUGAGAAUUCCUUGAAUAUGCCAAUAGUAAGGCGGAAGAAAGGUCUUAUUUAGGUAAACGACGAUUCGCGCAAAGGGUACCGUGCGAAAGGGGAGGUGCUGCAACUCAAGUGGUCCGAGAUGCGUCAUUUUGUUGACAACGCCAAUAGAAGAAUAGAAGGGAGAAUGUGUUUUGUUUAGAUCAGCGACGAUUCGCGCAAAGAAUGCUGCAACUGGAAUGGUCCGAGGCAUGUCGUGAGAAUUCCUUGAAUAUGCCAAUAGUAAGGCGGAAGAAAGGUCUUAUUUAGGUAAACGACGAUUCACGCAAAGGGUACCGUGCGAAAGGGGAGGUGCUGCAACUCGAGUGGUCCGAGAUGCGUCAUUUUGUUGAUAACGCCAAUAGUGGGGCAGAGAGAGAGAUCCUGAUUGAGAAACGAUUGGAUAAUGGGACGUCUUCGACUCGAGUGGUCCGAGAGAGAGAGAGAGAGAUGCACUGUUUUCUUAACAGCAGCAAUAACGUAGAAUAGAUGAGAGGUCUUAUCAAGAUAAAGUGCGAUGAUUUGCGUGAAUGAUUUUGCAUAUCUAUUGUCACAAUUUGUUCAAAAUGCACUGUUUUUAUGACAACGCCAAUAGAGUAAAGUAGAGAGUAAGUGUUAUUAAAAGCAUCAUAACUGUGUGACAUAAAAAGAAUCUAUCAAAAGUUAACAAUUGCGGGCGGAAUUUGAUUUAUUUUACUUAGAUAUGCUGAGCAGUAUCGAAAUAAGCAAUGCAAUUUUAUAGAAAUUAAAUAUAAAUGCAACAAAGUGCGGCGUGCAGUAUUAAUGGCAAUCAAUGUUCGAACUCUGAAAAUAGGAAAGGUAUAGAUCACAAUCUGGCAUUUUGCAUUUCUAUAUUAUUUUCAGAAUUUAUAGCGAAACUGUUUAUAUAUGUAUAUAUUGCUUUCUAACAGAAGCAUCUUUCAUCACUGUCAAAUAA